AUGAAAUUUCAACAAAAUCUGCAAUCGCAUCUAACACCCGAAUGGCGUACACAAUACAUCGAUUAUGGCUUCAUGAAGCAAAUGAUACUCGAAGCGGUUGAGAAUGCGCCAACCGUUAACAGCGCCGAGCUAACGGAACAUUUUACACAGUUUCAGCAAAAAUUCUUUGAAGUUUGCGAUAAAGAGUUGGAGAAAAUCAAUUUAUUCUACGAAGCCAAAUUGGCCGAGAUCAUUCAUAAGUACACAUUACUACGCGAUGAGAUGAAGUUGGCCGAAGAGACGGCCGGCACGGAGUUGUUGGCGCGUCCAUCGAUACGCAUUAAAAAUCGUCAAUAUCGACAAACGAUCGACAUGACGAGAAUAUUGACGCGACACGCGACGCACGACUUCAAGGCGGCCUUUAGUGAGCUCUACUUGAACGCGAUACUCUUGCGCAACUAUCAGAUUUUGAAUUAUACCGGCUUUCGUAAGAUGCUCAAGAAGUACGAUAAGCGCAUUAGUGGCAGAGCCGGCUAUCACUAUUUGACCGGGACGGUGGAUAAAGCGGUAUUUUAUACGAAUCGUGAAACAAAAGUACUUUUGAAAAAAAUCGAGGACAUAAUGACAUUUAAUCUGGAGCAUGGUAAUCGUCACAAAGCUAUGGAGCGGCUUCGUGUGCCGCCGCUCGCUGACAAAUCUCAUCCAUGGACUUCGUUUCGUACAGGCUUUUCUCUGGGUGCACUUAUUAUACUCGCUAUCCUGGUCGUUUUAUCGUUCACAAUGAAGGUCAUCGACGUGGAUGUGGUAACAUGUGUGUUACUUUUUCGUGGUCCUUUUACGAUGAUUUUCUUUCUGGGACUGCUCAGUUUGAAUUUCUAUGUUUGGCGCUAUGUGGGUAUCAAUCAUGUGUUGAUAUUCGAAUUGAAUCCUCGAAACUUUUUGGCAGCUGUACAAAUUCUGGAGAUCGCCGUUGUAUUCGGUUGUAUAUUAUCAUUGCUGACACUCGCUUUCCUACAUUCCCAGUACCUUGGCAUGCCACCGUAUGUGUUUCCGCUGGCUAUGCCAAUAAUAAUGAUUGUCUUUCUCAUCAAUCCAAUACGCAUAUUUCAUUAUAAAUCGCGCAUGUGGCUGCUGCGCUAUUUGGGUCGCAUUGCUUGUGCACCUUUCUUCCGAGUCGUCUUCGUGGACUUCUGGUUGGCAGAUCAGUUCAAUUCACUCGUAGCACUGUUCGUUGAUUAUAGUCACAUUAUAUGCUACUACACUACACCGUUCGAUUGGUAUCAUGCCAAGGAGCCGACUACUUGUCACAUAAAACAACGUUAUACGGCGUUGAUACGCGUGUUGCCUGCUUGGUUUCGUUUCGCACAAUGUUUACGCCGCUAUCAUGAUGAACCUGAAAACGCUAAGAAGCAUCUAAUCAAUGCCGGCAAAUAUUCAACUAGUUUUUUUGUUGUGUUUUUCGAUUUAAUGGCGAGAAACUACGAAGCUUCUUACAACAGCCGAUUGGACAAUCCAUUUAUCUGGUUCUGGAUAUUAGCGGCCAUCGUUUCAUCAACAUAUGGUUUAGCGUGGGACUUUCUAAGAGAUUGGGGUAUCUUCAGUGCGGAUUGCGGCGACCAUAAAUAUUUACGUGCGCAAAUUCUCUACAAACCGAGUUUCUACUACUGCCUGAUUGUGGAAAAUCUUUUGCUGCGUUAUCUGUGGGCAUAUGUAUUCGUGUUGGACGCAUCAAAUGUGGUCAGCCAAAGAGUCAUGGCACCCAUAGCGGAUAUAUUGGAAGCAAUACGUCGUUUCCUGUGGAAUUUCAUUCGUUUGGAGAAUGAGCAUCUCAACAAUUGUGGCCGGUUUCGUGCUGUCCGUGAUAUUUCAAUUACAGUUAUUGAACAGCCCUAUCGUGGUUCUUUUGCGCCUAUUACUGAACCCCCUGCUAAAUCUGAACACAGUUGGAAAGGUCGUGUUAAACUGAAAAUUCAAAGUGAUUCUAAACAGGUUGUCAAUGUUGUAUAG